UCGACCCGAGGGAAUUUGAUUUGUCCAAGGGCCCUGCCUCCCGGAGCCCCGCUGCUGGAGAGGCGACUGCACCCAGGCAGAAACUGUAGGAGGGGAGGCUGGGAGAAGAGCCAGGAAGCCAGCCUGUGGCCCCCAGGGGAGUCCUGAUCUGGGCCGCAGAGCAGAUUCUAUAAAAUGGACUAUUGGGAAGCUCCUGCUAGCAGAUCCACGGGGAGGGAAAGACAGGAGAAGGGCGUUGUUACACAUGCUGGCCCUUUUCUGGUAUUUGGAAGUUGUACGGAACAGCGAUUGCUGGUGAGAAACACUGGAAAUAACGGUUGAAAAUUUGACCUUUCUUUUCUGGGUGGAAUGGAAGGUCACCCUAGAGCCUUUUACAUGCUAUUUGGGACCCUUUCUUCAUGCUUUGCUCUGAUAACAGAACUUAAUCUUUUAUUUAAUUCCCUCUUGGGGGGGGGUUGGGUCUGGGUAGUUUCUCAAGUGAAGGAAAGGAGAAAUGGCUGCACCCCACACUAGUUCACAAAGACCCAAGAAAUUUGAAGUUGUUCAACGUGAAGACCGGUUAGUUGUAUGAAACACUUUUGUGGGUUUAAGUUCUUGUGAGCCCCUUUGACCUCAGGCUGCUUCUGACUCCUGGACAGACACUGCCUACGUGGAUCGCUGGGAAUACAUGCCAUUUUAUUCCCUGUGCUGCUUACACAGCCGCUGAAGGGUCAGAGGAAAUUCCCAUUCAUGUAAAUCUCCCCCAAUACUGCACCGAUUGCCCCCCCCCCCUCAAAAGCCGGUGACUUCCUAUUAAACCCUAACUUCUCUCCCCUCCAUCCUGUCACUUCAUCUCCUGUGGAUUGCUGUUGCUUAAUAAACAUCUUCUGUCUAGGGGACAGAGGAGAGGAAAUGAGGGCCUGGUGGGGUGGAGUGGGGGUGUUGGGGGGGGGCGGGAAAUCAGGCUGCCUCUUCUUUAAUUAUCCUGUUGGGCCUCUGGAUGCUCCUUAGGUUGGGUUCUCUGCGUCUCUCUCUUCCUCUCCUUCUGUGGUGAUUGCUCUCCCUUCCUCCCUCCCUCUCCCACCCGCCUGGGGAGAGGGCUCCACAGCUUGCGUCCCCGAGGCAGCCCGCUGCUUGCCUCCGCCUCCACUCCGCCCCACGUCGUGAACCUCCAUCCCCCCCCCCCUCUUUCUGCAAAGGCGGGAGGGGCCCGGGGCGGCCCGCAGCUCCGGGCUGAGGUUACGUGGCCGCCGGAGCCCUGACGUGAUAGCACAUUGCAUCAGCAUAAAACAAUCCAUCCUCGAUAUGGAAUGCGGUGCCGACGGAUGACAGCGAGAGCGCAGCCCCCUCGCCCCGAUUGAUUUAUGUCGGAGCUGACGCUUUAUCAGGCAGUCGGAAAAACUUUGACCAAUCAUUUUGCAAGGAGCGCCGAGCCGGUCUGCUCCACUGUACUUUGUUGGCUGAGAAGUUGAGCAGGGGGUGGGGGUGGGAGGGUGGGGGGUUAGUGGGGGGGUCGCGUCCGAAAGCCCUUCACACCGGUCCGGGUGCCACCUCUCCCUGCUCGGGCGCCGCGGCCGCGCGAGCGCUUCCCCUUCCCCCUGCGAGCGUCCGGAUAAUGUCUUGAGAAUGUCCAUUUCUGGGACGCUUAGCAGCUAUUAUGUCGACUCGAUCAUAAGUCACGAGAGUGAGGACGCGCCUCCAGCCAAGUUUCCUUCCGGCCAGUACGCGAGUCCCCGGCAGCCGGGCCACGCGGAGCACCUGGAGUUCCCCUCGUGCAGCUUCCAGCCCAAAGCGCCGGUGUUCGGCGCGUCGUGGGCGCCGCUGAGCCCGCACGCGUCCGGGAGCCUGCCGUCCGUCUACCACCCCUACCUCCAGCCCCAGGGCGUGCCGCCGGCCGAGAGCAGGUACCUCCGCACCUGGCUGGAGCCCGCGCCGCGCGCCGACGCGGCCCCGGGGCAGGGCCAGGCGGCCGUGAAGGCGGAGCCGCUGCUGGGCGCGCCUGGGGAGCUGCUCAAACAGGGCGCGCCCGAGUACAGUUUGGAAACUUCGGCGGGCAGGGAGGCCGUCCUGUCUAAUCAAAGACCCGGCUACGGGGACAAUAAAAUUUGCGAAGGAAGCGAGGACAAAGAGAGGCCGGAUCAAACCAACCCUUCUGCCAACUGGCUGCACGCCCGCUCUUCCCGGAAAAAGCGCUGUCCCUACACCAAAUACCAGACGCUGGAGCUAGAGAAGGAGUUUCUGUUCAAUAUGUACCUCACCAGGGACCGCAGGCACGAAGUGGCCAGACUCCUCAAUCUGAGUGAGAGACAAGUCAAAAUCUGGUUUCAGAACCGGCGGAUGAAAAUGAAGAAAAUGAAUAAAGAGCAGGGCAAAGAGUAAAGUUCCCCCCCCCCUUCCCAGCCCUUCCCCACCUCAUUCUUAUUUAUGUGGUUGGUGGCUGCCCAGCCGGUGCUGCCCGGAUGUAACCCAGUGAAUGGGGAAGGACGGCUGGCCCUCAGGCCCUCAUCUGCACCUGGAGCCUUCCCCCUCUCCUUUACCCUCUCUGUACUUGUCCCUCUCUUCUCUCUGGGUGUCAGGAGGAAGUUUUGCUGUGUUAGAAGCUAGAAGUAGUUGGUUCCUAGGAAAGUGAUGGGUCUUCAGGAAGGAGAGACCCUAGAGAAGCUUCUAGCAUUCCCCCCCCCCUAAAUAAUUUGUUUUCUGGGAAACCCAGUCCUUCACUUCCAGCCUGCCUGUACCCUUCCUGCACCCCUCCAGAAACCACCCAGGGACAUCUCACCUGUCACAGCCCAGCUGAUGCCCCCAAAGAGGAAGCUUGGAGAUCACACUAAUCACGGGAAAUGAAGUCACACCCUAGAAAUAGGCAUGAAGCCCCAAAUCCAGCAGAGCAUCCCUCAAAUCCUUAGGCAAGGUCAGGUUCUAAUUCAGAUGCUAGGAAGGUGUCUGUGGGGGGGGGGGCGCUCCUGAAUGAGGUGUUGCAGCCAGAAGUUUUAGCACUCCAGUAGCAUCCCCCAUGGAUAGACCACUUAUACCCACCCCCCCAGAAUGGGUGUGCUGAUAAAUGAGGAUUCACCCAGCUCCCCCAAGCUGGUGGACUAAAAAGGGGCAAGAGAAGGCAGCCAGCAGUUUAUGAGGGUAUCUUAGGUAGAGAGCCUUCCCCUUACAUACAUUUUGUUGCAGGAAAUGUUUAAUUCUGCAUGUUAUUUCCCUCUGCUUUCAAUGAAGGAGGUCAGACUGUGGGUCAUCAAGCCUUGCUGCUGAUGCCUCCCUCCUCUUCCUCUGUGUGUGUCCCUCUUGAUAAGACCCUAGCUUCUCCUCUGCUCCACCGGCCCUGCAUUCUUCCACCUCCCCCCCAGCUCCCACAUCAGUGCUGUGUUAGGCCAAAUCCACCUGGCACCAGCAAGUCAAGCUUCCCCCUAGUAGAAAAACUCCCUCCACCCUGCUAAGUCAACCCCACUGUAGAAGAGAAGGCCGGAUCAGGAGAGUCUAAUGGAGAAUUUAUUGUGAAUCGAUUUCCCAGCUCCCUUUCUGGAGCCUACUGUUGAUCCGGGACAGGGAGGAGCCAGGGCCCCAGCAGUGCAAAGCGGGUGCAUUUCUUUCAGCAUCCUCAGCUUCCUGCCUAUGCAGAAGAGUCCCCCCCCAGAAUGACCCUCCCCAACCCAGUGCCAAAGGGAGCCAGCCCCAGAGCCAGGCUUUCCUUUCCUGCUGCACCCGCCUAAGGGUGGGUCCUUGCCGCUGGCUGGGUGGUUCUUUUGCAGUCCCGGGUGCAAAGGAAAGAGGCAAAACCGCACCUCUGCGUGGAGCAGAAGCGCAUUUCUCUGCUUCCGUUCUUCCCACGGAUUGCCCUGCCUCCUGGUCCUCUCUGAUUCUGUGGACUCUUUCUCCUGCUUCUCCUGUGACCUGCAAGGGGGGAAAUUCCUGUAGAAUUUGGUUUGGUUUGGUUUUGCUUUUUGUCAGUGGCCGUGGUGAAAUUGUGCUUGUGUUUUGUGAUUUCUUUGGAGAUGAUUGUCUCGCGCCUGUUUUCAGUUGUUGCUUAUAGGGGAGGGUAGAGAGAGGGUGGGGCUGGAGGGGAGGGGAAGGGGGGACCUAGAGCUCUGAAUGUUUGUUU